GUUGCGUUGCUCAAGACGAUAUCAAAUGUUAAGUAACUUUUUCGUCAGCUGUCCAACCAUGAAAGCGAACGAUGGGAUGUUUUUCCACCAUUCGAUGCCUUGUAAACAUCACGCAAGUGCAAAAUGGGUUCAUCCGCGAUAAAGAAAGGUAUGUGAAUUCUUUGGAAAUUUCUGAUUGUCGGGCAUUUAGCCCAUUACCACGGCUGGGCAAACGACAACGUAAACCCUAAAACAUCGAAGGGGAAGGAGCAAUAGUUUAGCACAUGUCUUUUGAAACUUGCAACAUUUCUUCGCGGUCCUCUGCGAAACAAAAACGUGAAAUCAGCUACUAGCCUGCAAUGCUGGCGUCUUUGUAGAAGGAGCUUACGAUAUAAGCUCGUGAUUGUAUGGUCUUCCUCUGCCAUAGCGUAUCAAAGAUGGCGGUCAUAAUUUUCGUUAAGAAAAUAAUGAGCACACGCUCACUAAAAUUACGCCAGCUCUGCAGGCUAUAUUCCUCCUGGAACUUGGCGCUACUUAUUUUUAUUGGUAAUAAGUUUACAGCGUAUAUGUGACCAACAAAGUCUGUAGACUGUGGGGUUUUAAGCUAAAAACCUAGUCAGUAUACACACAUAUCAAGAAAUUUUACGCCGUUUAAGUUAACGGCUUAAAAUCUUACAGUAUGUAUAUUGCCGACUGAAAGAAAUUAUGUCGUUAUCUUAUACAAAUGAGAUCUGGUGCAGUUGAGACAGUUAUCACACCACCCAUGCUUUCUACUAAAAUAAUUUGUGAAGGCAAGGUUUCAAAUUGUUUGUGCGAGAAAGUCUGGUAACUAGUUUCCAGCACCAAGUCGAGGCAGAGUCGUCUCAACAUGGCUUUCACGGGUUCCGGGCUACAUAAAUCUUUAAAGGAAAGGGAUAUUCACAAUUCAAGAGUAUUCCAGACUUCAGGUUUCCUGAUAUUUACUAUUAUCUGGUCAGAAAAGAUGGCUAUUAUGAAGACUUUUUACUGUCGUAUAGAAGUCUGGGGGUUUUUGCUUAUUUUCUGAAGGGCAAAAUAUAAUUGAUAACAGCAUUAGACAGGCUUGAGUUGGAAGAUGGCAUGAGAUGGCACAAAACUUCAUUUUCAACUUACAGUCACUCUAAUCUUGCUUUCAAAAUAAGAGCAUAUUCCCCUCUACCUCCACUUGGUGCUGAUAAUUAGUUAUCAGACUAUCUUGCAAAAACAAUUUGAAACUGGUCUAUUGAGCAACUUCCUGCAGCAUCCCACAGCAGUUCAAAACCAAGCAAAGGGCUUUAAGAUUUGGGGUUAAUUAUCUGCCAUUCCAUCUUUUGGGAUAUGGGGUAAUUUCAUGCUAUUCCACCAUUCUACCAGUCCAGUUUUUAGAGUGGUCUGACUGUAAUUUUAUGUAUCACUGGGUGUUAAUGGUUGAAAAGCCCAGUACUCUCUCAAAACAGUCUUUGAGUAAGUCAUGCAAUGGCUAAAUGAGCGGCAGCCCUACACAUAAGAUAAAUUUGACAAAUCAAAUGAACUUAGCCCUCCCAAACUAUCUGAUGUUGAUCACGAAGUGCCAAAUGACCCUGAACAGGCUUUAGAUCCUACUUCUUAUGUUUGGUUAAAGUUAAAUAUGCAGCUUAAAUUGUAUAACUUGUGCUACUAUAUGUAUUGACUGUCAAAUGUUUUUUUAAUUGUUUUUUUUUUUUUUGUUAGAACACAGAAUAUACCUGAGUUUUUUGUUAGAAUAAAAUAUAUUCCUAAAUCAAUACAUAUAAAUAUUUUUCUUCCUUCUCCAAAAUUUUUUAGUCAUUCCGGAUAGUGAAACAGAAUAUCAGGUUCCUAGUUGAUUUGAUUUUUACGUGUGAACUGUUCUUUUUCAGAAUCAAGUAUCAGCUUGCAGUACCAAUGUAAGGUGAGUUUCUUAGAUAGAUGUUGGAAUAAAUUUCAAAAAUGGAGAACAUCACUGUGUUAUGGGUCUGGGAAUUUGAAAGAGUAAACAGUUCCUCAUUAUUCCUUCACCUGCAAAAAUAUCACCCAACAGAGUUAUACAACUUUUUGUUGAGACGUGAAUGCAUUAAUUGCCUUCCAAUUGUCACAAAGAGAAAGUAGAAUUGUCAAACAUUUUUAUCAUGGUGCAAAAUUGUAUUUUGGCUAUCAUCCAUGACUUAAAAACUUGCACAAUUCAUGAUGAUGUUAUAUAGAGUUCAAGCAUUUUGUGACAAAGUGAGUCACAGAAUAUGAGGUUUUUUUGCUGAUUUUUUAACCAGUUUUUGUAUGGAUUGAAGAAGGCCUAUUACAGGUAAUGACAUUUUUAUCUGUAUUCCACCAACAGGAUAUCAAACUUGCCUUUACAGCUAGAUAUGGCAUUGACAGGGAAGAAGAAAUGGAAGUUGAAAAUGAAUCUGGUAAUUGUUUUUCAGAUAAUUAUGACCUGUUUUUAUUUGAAUGUACUGGGUUUCAUAUUCAGCUAACGUUGUUUAUAUUACAAACCCAAUUGGUUGUGUAUAGUAAGCCAGGGGCUAGUGGAUUGUGAGAUCAGGCUGGCAGAUUCUGACUCUCACUUGCCCAACAGACAAGAGGAUUUUUUCAGAGACAAAAAAAAGUGUUUCACUGAAUGAAAAUCACAAACAGAGAAGUAAACAACUGAAUUUCCUAGUGGUUCAUUGAAGUACCAAGUCAUUGACUUGUAUUUUCACUGUGUCGAAUUGGAAGUUGACAGACAUUAGGGACCUUGAGCAAAUCACAACAGCGAAGGCAACAAGGACAAGGCAGAAGAUCCAAUGAGCAGAACAGUAGCUUGGCAUGUGCAUUUUAAAACUGUGUACAUUUCUAAGCUGUCCUCAUCAAAAUUUGUGUGGUCCAAGAAAGGAAACCCCAACGGCAAAUUAUUUAAGUUUCCACUAGGAACUCAACACUGCUCUCAUACAUUAUGCUGAUUUUUAACUUGCAGUGCCAUAAGAGAUGAUGAACACAUCCAGUCAAUCUUGAAAUCCGACUAAAAAUAUAUAUUUAUUUUGAAAUUUAUGUCUUCCUUAGUGUUGCUAUCCUAACUGUAAAAAGUCCCUACUAGCUUGAGCAGCACUUCAUUCACUCUGAGGAAGAUUCAUUGAUGUUUAAAUUGAUGAAACCAAAUUAUCUAAUUUUAAACUGUUUUUAACAAAACAGCUUUGAAAUACACUUUAGCUGUGGUGUGAAUUGGUUAUUACUUAAUUUUUUGGUCAACCUACAGUUAGACUUGAGUGGAACAGAAUUAAUAUUUGAAAUCACUGUAGUGAAGUGAGUUUUGCAUUACAUUUUUUGCUAGGGAUUGUGAAAGUUUCCUUUGCUAAUCUGCCCAAUCUUCAGAUUUAAAUUAAUAGAAAUUUGGUUAUUGGACUUGACUUUUUCUGAGCCCAUGCAGGCUAAGGCGAAUAGCUAAUCGAUCACAGUUUCUGCAUAUUUUAGAGUUUGUAGACUUGAAUGCACUUUGUUCUCUUCAAUAGUGGACAAAAUUCCACAUGAAGUAACACUGGAAGUGAGUGACUUCAGGGAUGCCAGCUCCAGUAAGAGCAUUCACUUCAAGAGUUCAAACAUUGAGUGCAAUGUAACAGGGAAAGUUGGUUUCCUGGAAGAUUUUGUGAAGUCCCCAGAGGAUUACAUGAAAAUUAUCACACUCGUAAGUCUUCAUGCUUUGGGAAAGGAUAUCAAAGGUGAGUAAGAUAAUUGUAUCUGUUAUCAAUGAAAUGGUUCUUUUUGUCGUAAUAUCACUUGAAAAUGAGUUUUCCUAUUGAGAUCUGUGUCCUUUUUGUUUGGCAGGUCCUCAUUUGUUUCCUGGAGAGGAGGUCCUAUUUGUAAGAGAAAUUAAUAUAGAUGGAGAGGCAAUAACCUAUGAGAAGACGAGUGACCUUGCAGGGUACAUGAUCACUCUUCAUGAAUGUCAAAAAAUAAACAGUUUUGUUUAUCAAGGAAACUUUCAGCUGACGAGUGUCCUGUGGCUGUUGUCAGAAUUUGCUGUUACAAAGUUUUGUAAGGGAAGAGAGUAACAAGAUUAGAGGUAACUUGACACUGCUGAAAAAGUUAUGGGAAAUAUGUAAAAUAAACUAUGGACAAGGGGAGAGGAUUUAAGAGAGUUUGUCUCAAAUGGCAGUCAUGAAAAUGUGAACUUGUGUUGUUUUGGCAGUCUAUGCAGUGUCAGAAUGCAAUGUCUACUUAUUCCCAGACUUCAGAAACAUCUGGCAGAAAAUGUGCUCUUUAACAGUAGGUGGAGCAAGCUGAGUCCUUGUAGAUUUUCAAACAUUGAAUUAAAAAUUACUUGUUUUUAUAACUUCCCUUUUUGAAUUUUGCACCUAUAAGGCAGCAUUUUAAGUUUCUCAAUCUUUAAUUUUACUUCAUAUAAUGUUAGGAAUAUAUUUGUAGUUUAUUUUUAACUAGUAAUUUCUACAACAGUAUGGUUAGUUUUCAAUAUCAAGGCCCCUCUGGAUACCAUUCCUAGAGCUGAAUGGGUUACCCUGUAUAAAUAAAGUUUAUCUCUCUAUCUAUCAGUUGGAGUCAUAACAAAUCAAGGAAAUCUCCUGACUAUGUAAUGUGUUUUAUUUCAGGAAAGAGUGGAAUCUUUGAAAUUACUUAUACUCAAGCUGAUGACUAACACAUUAUUUCUUAUUCAUUUCUGUUACUGGCAGGGCAGCAAGGCUAAAGUCCAAAGAAACCCAAACAAGGCUAAUUGUUUGUUUGUUUGUUUGUUUUAAACAUUAAAUUUAGUUAUCUUAUAAGCAAUAAUUAAAUGAAAAAAGAUUUCCCAUACUUUUAUGUAAUUCUUUGAGUUGAAAACUAGGCAACAAAGAUGAUAAUGUCACAGUAGACCCAUCAUCAAUUCAGUUAUAAUGAGGAUGUUGUCCCAAGAAACCCAAGCAAGGCUAAUUUGUUUUUAAAAGAAAACAUUAAAUUUAGCAAUCCAAGAAGUAAUAAUUAAAUGCAAAAAGAUUCCCCAUACUUUUAUGUCAUUCUUUUAGAUGAAAAGUAGGUGCCAUAGGGUGUGUUAAGGGGUUAGUUUUAAGUGUCAGUGCCAGGUACCACAAAAUGAUCAGUUUCAGUCAACGAAGUUGAUAAUGUAAAUUGGCCACAGUAGACCCAUAAUCAACUCAGUUAUAAUGAGGAUGUUGUAGAUAUGCU